AUGGCUUUGCAAUUAGGUUUUACUUGGAAUGAAGAGCCAAUAACAUUCAAACAUCAGCCAACUGUUAGCCAACCUAUCGUAAACCAAAAGGAAAUAUUUACUCUUCCAGAACAGCUCGACUUUAAAGCUUCAGAUCCACCAAUGAUUGGAAUCGAAAAACCUCAGCCAAUGAAAUUUUCUAACAAACCGCCAAGUCCUAACUUUCCCUUGUGCGAAUGAACAAAAUAAAUGGAAAAUUAGUCCACUAUGAGCUCAUAAAUGGCUUUAUAUGUAUAUUAUUUUCUGGGUACAGGUCUAGUGGUAGUGCCUUUUUGAUAGUGUGCAUUUUACCGAAGUACUUUUGGUCGACAAUUGGUUGAAACUUUUUGAUAGUGAGACAUUUGACCGAAAAAACCCGUUAAAUUUCACACUAUUUAAAAAUUUUUGACCAAAAGUCUUCUGUGAAAUUAGACUAUUAAAAAUCCACAUGGAGCCUUAUUUUCUUAUUAGAUGUUUAUGCGUUUAUUUUGAAUAUGGUUAAUUCUAUUAAAUUUUGACUAAAAAUAAAUUUUAUUCUUGCUAGUAUGGGGAGUAAGAAACUUAUCCAAUACCAAGGCCUAACAAAGAAAAAAAGCUGAAAUGGUCCUCAAGCUAAUGUUAUAAAGAAGCCAAAGUUUUCGAAUUUUACAAAUCUAUCAAAAGAUAAGCUCAAAUUACUUGGAAAGAAAAAAGAAGUAAAAUCACAUCCAAAAGUUGCUAUAAAACCUCAGUGGAAUGACAACACAGGCACAGCAGGCCUAUUUGAUCCAGUUAUUUCGAAAAAAAUCCCAAUUGAGAUCAAGCAUGCUAUGAAUAAAAAUAAACUAGAUGUUUCCAAAGAAAAGAUUACUCCACCUACUGUUUUUCAGGCUUGAGAUGAGGUCCCAAGAACUCAGUCAAAACCAUCAAAGCCGCCUGCUCAUAAAAAGCAAGUAGAUCCAAUUUUGAGACAAAAAGAAAUUCUAAUAAAAGAAAAUUUGGACAUCAGAUUUUUUGAAGACAACGAAAAUAUCAUAAAAAAACUCGAGCAGGAACUUAAUCAUGAAAAAAAGGCAAGAAGACAGCUUGAUUCUCAAUUUUCUGAAAAAAUGAAAGAACUAGAAAGAUUUAAGGCUUUAGACCAGCAAAUAAAAGUGGCAAAAGAGCAGUAUAUCAAGAAAAACAAGCAGCCAAGCCCAGAAAAUGUCAGAAGCACCUCAGUUGGAAGAGCAACUGAACCACUUGUAAAGAAAAUUCAACCUGGCAUUGUCCAGAAGCCAAACAUAAAGGAAGAUGUAAGACUCAUCAGACCUAAAACUGAGCCUCCAACAUUAAAAAAAGUCACAAGUGAGCAGCUUUUAUCACAAAUCGAUGUUAUGAAAGAGUCUCUUAAUGAGGAUGAAAUAAUUCUUGAUAAAAAUGGAGGGAAUAUGUUUGAAAUUCCUACUCGUGACACAAAUAAAAAUAAGCCAAUGAUUAUAAAACCUCCUAAAGAUUGAAAUAGAGCCAAAUCUACCACUCCUGAGCUGCAUAAUGCUAAGACAAGCACUAAGCAAGAAAGCACGCUGCAAAUAAUUGAGCAAAGCGAGAGCUUUGCAGCUCCAGUUCAGCGUUUUGAGAUAACAGAAGUCAGAUCUAAAAUGGAUCCUUUACUUAAUGAAGAAAUAAAUGGUGACGUUGACGAAAAUGGAUUCUGAGGUGCAGCCAUCCUGAAUAAGCUGAAAACAGGAGCUCUUUUUCUUUUGAAGUAGGCCUUCAGGUUUGGGAAGCCUUGCUUAAUAGGAAAGUUUUGUUUUCCCUUAAGAUUUUCUUAUCCACUCCAGAUGGCUAGACAGGUUUUUGCCAACCACAUGGUUUUUCCUUACCAGACCAUUUUUAGUACUUUCCAGUAGGGAGCUAAUCUCUUGGACAGGUGUUCGGGUCGAAAAUCCAAAUUGGCGGCUUUUGGAGUCAAGAUGGUCUACAGCUAGUGGGUUUGCCCUCUUAUUGCUAGUAUAUAAUAUCACUAAACUUACUAAAUGCAUUAAGCAGUACAAUUACCAGACUAAAUCGCUCAGAAAAAUAUGGUGCUCAUUCAGGGAUUGGCUUAAUCUCUAGAGUGUCAGCUAAAUAUAUUGCUUAUUAUGCAGACUCUCUAACUCUCCCCCCCUCCGUGAGUGAACAAAAAAAUUUUGUUCACUCACGGAGGGGGUUUAAAUUUUAUUUUUUUAAAAAAAUUUAUAUUUAAAUUUUAUAAAAAAUAUUUUUUUUCGAAAUUAAAAAAAUUCCUAAUUCGCAAAAAUUGGAAAGCAAAUAUUAUUUAAUUUAUAAAAUUUAUGUUUUUAAAAAGCAAUUCGUUUAAAAUUAAACAGAAUUAGCUCUAGAUUUCAUUAUACUAAUUAUCAUUUAUAUAUCAAAAUUUUUUUCCAUAAAAAAAUUUUCUAUUAAAAAAAUUUUUGUUCACUCACGGAGGGUGGGUUUUUGGGCGAAAAAUAGCGAUUUUUUUAAUGGUUUUGUUCAUUCACGGAGGGGGGGGGAGUAAGCGAUCUAAUUAUUGAUGAUAUCUUAAUUGAUACUGUUCACGAGCUCCAGUCAAUUGAAAAUAGAGUCUCAAAUAAAAAUAUAAAAGAAUUUAAAUCAGAAUCUGAAAAAUUCGUUGAAGAGCUUGUGAAAGACUUUCAUGAAGAAACCAAAGCACUCCAAGAAAAAUACGCAAAGCCCAUAGAAAAGAGAAAAGAGUUAGUUAAAGAUGCAGAAGAUGAAGUCGAAAUUCUUAUUGAAAAACCAAAAAGAUUUUGGACUAUUAAUGUUGAUGAAAUGAUUAUUAAAUCUAUUAAAAAUUAUAGAAGAGAAAUGAAGAAUUAUUUGGAAAUAUAUGGGGGAGGAAGUGAAGGCAAGCUUUGGGAAAUUUAUGGGUUUAUAGGAGAUGAGUUUGUGGAAGAAGCAGUUGAUAGUGUCUUGAAUGAUUAUUUGGGGGUUUUAGACGAAUUUACUGAUAAAGUGAUAGGACAAGAGUUUAUGUAG